CAGUCUUUCCAUAUGGGGAUGGGGAAGUCUUGGUGUUGUGCUUUUUCUAGUAACUUUUGGACCCUUCGCUAUAUUUUACUUUGCAUUUUAUAUCCUCUGCUUUUUGGGUGGGGGUUUUGUGGUUACUCUUUUAUUUGGAAAAAGCAACUCAGAAAAAUACCUUGAACAGUGUGAACAUUCGUUUCUUCCUUGUACAUCAGUUGGGAUCCCUAAGUGCGUAGAAGAGAUGAAACGUGAAGCCAGACCUAUUAAGAUUGACAGAAGACUGACGGGUGCGAAUAUAAUUGAUGAGCCUUUGCAACAGGUAAUCCAGUUUUCCCUGAGAGACUAUGUGCAGUAUUGGUAUUACACACUAAGUGAUGAUGAAUCGUUUCUUCUGGAAAUCAGGCAGGCUCUUCAGUAUGCACUUGUUCAGUUUUCUGCCAGGUCAAAGGAAACAGACUGGCAGCCUUAUUUCACUACACGGCUUGUUGAUGACUUUGGCACUCAUCUUCGAGUUUUCAGAAAAGCUCAGCAAAGAAUAGCAGAGAAAGGUGAUCAGAUGAAAGACCAUGCUGAGGAACUUGUAGAUACAUUCUUUGAGGUUGAAGUUGAAAUGGAAAAAGAAGUCUGUCGUGAUCUAGUCUGCACUUCUCCCAAAGAUGAAGAAGGAUUCCUAAGGGAUCUGUGUGAGGUUUUACUGUAUAUAUUGCUACCUCCUGGAGACUUCCAGAACAAGAUCAUGCGAUACUUUGUCAGGGAAAUCCUCUCCCGAGGAAUUCUUCUUCCAUUAAUAAACCAGCUCAGUGAUCCUGAUUAUAUUAAUCAGUAUGUCAUAUGGAUGAUUCGUGAUUCCAACUGUAACUAUGAGGCCUUUAUGAAUAUUAUUAAAUUAAGUGAUAAUAUAGGAGAGUUGGAAGCAGUGAAAGAUAAAGCAAGUGAAGAACUGCAAUAUCUUCGAUCUCUAGAUACAGCGGGAGAUGAUAUCAACACUAUAAAAAAUCAAAUAAACAGUUUAUUAUAUGUUAUUAAAGUAUGUGAUUCAAGAAUUCAGAGGUUGCAGUCAGGAAAAGAAAUAGAUACUGUGAAACUGGCAGCAAACUUUGGAAAACUUUGCACAGUCCCUCUGGACCAUAUCCUAGUAGACAAUGUUGCACUACAGUUUUUUAUGGAUUACAUGCAGCAGACUGGUGGCCAAGCACAUCUGUUUUUCUGGAUGACAGUGGAAGGAUACAGGGUUACGGCACAGCAACAGCUGGAGGUACUUCAAAGCAGGCAGAAAGAUGGAAAACAUCAGACUAAUCAAACUAAGGGUCUAUUAAGAGCAGCUGCAUUUGGAGUUUAUGAGCAAUAUUUAUCGGAAAAGGCAUCUCCAAGAGUUAAUAUUGAUGACAACUUAGUAGCAAAGCUGGCAGAAACACUGAACCAUGAGGAUCCAACACCUGAAAUCUUUGAUGACAUUCAGAGAAAGGUGUAUGAAUUGAUGCUGCGAGAUGAAAGAUUCUACCCUUCGUUCAAACAGAAUGUGUUGUAUGUGCGUAUGUUAGCUGAGCUGGAUAUGCUGAAGGAUCCUAGUUUCAGAGGAUCAGAUGAUGGUGAAGGAGAGUCUUUUAAUGGGUCUCCCACUGGCAGCAUAAAUCUGUCCUUAGAUGACCUUUCAAAUGUCCCUUCUGAUGAGAUAGUGCAACUCCAUGCAUACAUCUCAGAUACUGUCUAUGCUGACUAUGACCCAUAUGCUGUGGCAGGAGUGUGUAAUGACCACGGCAAGACAUAUGCACUGUACGCUAUCACAGUUCAUCGACGAAAUCCAAACAGUGAAGAGACAUGGAAGACGUAUCGACGCUAUAGUGACUUCCAUGACUUUCACAUGAGGAUCACUGAGCAGUUUGAAAACCUUGCAAAUAUACUGAAACUUCCUGGCAAAAAGACAUUCAACAACAUGGACAGAGAAUUUUUGGAAAAGAGGAAAAAAGAUUUAAAUGCAUAUUUGCAGCUCUUGUUAAAUCCUGAAAUGAUGAAAGCUUCUCCAGCUUUAGCCCACUAUGUGUAUGACUUCCUGGAGAAUAAAGCCUACAGCAAAGGGAAGGGGGAUUUUGCACGGAAGAUGGACACAUUUGUAAACCCACUGCGUAACUCUAUGAGAAAUGUAUCAAAUGCAGUCAAGUCUCUUCCUGACAGCCUGGCAGAGGGAAUGACUAAAAUGUCAGACAACAUGGGUAAAAUGUCAGAGAGAUUGGGACAAGACAUAAAGCAAUCAUUUUUCAAGGUGCCUCCUUUGAUCCAGAAAACCUAUUCAGAUCCUGACCACUGCCGUGUUGCAGCACCAAUUGAUGACAAUGUGGAUGACAAUAUUCCGCUGCGAGUAAUGCUCCUUCUUAUGGAUGAAGUCUUUGAUUUAAAGGAAAGAAAUCAAUGGUUAAGAAGAAAUAUAAAAAAUCUACUUCAGCAACUUAUUAGAGCAACAUAUGGUGACACAAUUAAUAGAAAAAUAGUUGAUCAUGUUGAUUGGAUGACAUCUCCUGAGCAAGUAGCAGAUGCAGUGAAACGCUUCAGAGAUGCUUUUUGGCCCAACGGCAUUUUAGCGGAGGCUGUUCCACGGAGGGACAAAGCUAUUAGAAUGAGAACAAGAGUGGCAGGGAAGACCAAAUUACUGGAGGUAAUGCCAGAUGAACUGAAGCACAUCAUAGGCGCUGAGACUACACGGAAAGGAAUUCUUCGGGUCUUUGAAAUGUUCCAGCACACCCAACUGAAUAAGAGAAUGGUGUAUGUGUUUCUGGAGAGAUUCCUAGAAACCUUGUUUCCACAAAAUAAAUUCCAUGAGCUCUUUAACAAACUGCAUUCACGGUCAAAGCAGAUGCAGAGGUAUAAGCAGAGACUACAUUCUACUCAAGCGCCUUCCUUACAGAAAAGUUGUAAUUCAACCACUACCAGAAGGGUUUGUGUGUCUUAA